AUGUUGGAAUCAGAAGGCGAGAUCCAACCCCCGCCAGCCCUGAACCUCUCCAGCCAGCCAGUCAAGGAGCGGCUGGCGCUCAGGCCAGGGAAGGUGUCUGGGCUGAGCCUGGACCGGCGAAAGCCAGCCUGGCCUUGUUCCACACUCACCAGCCUCCGGGAAGCACGUCUGCACGGCGUCUGCUCAAACUCGCAGCCGCUGGGCGCAGCCCGCACCCGGAAGCUGGACUCCACAGGCCGCCAGCAUUCCCCAGGUGGCAUGUGCUCUGCUCCUGGUUGCCCAGGUUGUCCAGGGGACCCUGAGGUGCUACAGAAGGGACUUACCCAGGCCCUGCACCGCACACCAGGGGCUCGAUCACAGUCUUUGUGGGGCCGUGCUCGUCUCCCCAUCAUCACCAGGGGUCGCCCUCGGCCGUGGAAUGCCGCUCAGCUCCCCGUGGUGUCGCCGCACCGGGUCAGGGGACGCGGCGACUUGGCACAAUAUUCCCCAGCCUGGAGAGAAGAUGCCCCCAGUACUCCUCUGCCUGCCCCAGGGAGCUGGAGACACAGGCAGCCCUUCUUCAAGGCCCAGGAGGAGGAGGUGGUGGAGGUGGAGGAGGAGGAGGAGGAGGACAAAUAUGAGCUGCCCCCUUGUGAGGCUCUGCCCCUCAACAUAGCCCCUGCACAUUUCCCCGGCUCUGAGCAGGAUUCUGUGUACCUGGCUAAGGGCAUCGGUCAGUCUACAGGAGGUACUGCAGCAGGGACUGCCCUAUGCCAGGCAAGCAGUCCCCCGAGUCAGGACGGGAGGCUGAGGAGACCCUUCUCUGCCAGGACCCGCUACUCUAAGGCACCUGGAGUGCCAGGCUCCCCAAAGAAACCUGCUGAAGACCUCUACCUGGAAUGUGACCCCAGUCCAGGCCCAUCAAAACCCCACAGGAAGCUCGAAAUGCAGCAGCGAGCGUCACCUCUAAAGCUCCAUAAUCUUUUUCUUCCAGCAGGAAGGACACCAUCUCUUCCACCUUUAGCCCCCACAAGGAACCCCUCAGGCGAGGACAGCGGCCUGCUGGGUCAGCCCUGGUACUCAGGCAACUGUAACCGCCACGCUGUUGAGAGCGCUCUUCUCCGUCUGCACAAGGACGGCGCCUACACUGUGCGCCCCAGCUCAGAGCCGCAGGGCUCCCAGCCGCUCACCCUGGCAGUGCUCCUCCACGGGCAUGUCUUCAACAUCCCCAUCUGCUGGCUGGAUGAUGGGCACCACUAUGUGCUGGGCCGGGAGGGCAAGAACAAGGAGCACUUCGCCUCCGUGGCUGCCAUGGUCCAGCACUACACGCAGCACCCCCUGCCCCUGGUGGACAGACACAGCGGCAGCCGCCAGCUCACCUGCCUCCUCUUCCCCACCAAGCCCUGA